AUGCCCUUCAACGUGACAGGCCAAGGUACCUACUCGCUCGACAGGAUCCAAAGAAUCGUCGUAGACACACGUUACGCCAAAUCAUUUAACGACAAAGGUCAAUCAUUGAUACCUCCAAGUCUAUGGGAAUUCGCAACAACGUUUCAACAGGACCUCGCAGAUUCCCUCGGAAUAAAAGUUCAAUUAGAGGAGGGCCGAAUCUUGGAAAGCAAUUCUAUAUUCAUCACUCUGGACCCAAAUGGCACAUACCUUGACGCUGCUGAACGAGCUACUCUAGAGGGAUAUUCCAUCGCUGUCAGAACACAUGGAAUUCAAAUUACUGGGGCGAGCGCCCUUGGUUCCUGGUGGGGCACGCGAACUCUCUUGCAGAUGGCGAUCAUCAAUAAUAAGAGACUCGCCUACGGUGCAGGAAGUGACGCCCCAGGCUGGGCAACACGGGGAGCCAUGCUCGACUGUGGCCGUCACUACUACCCACCUGAGUUCUUGAUUGAAAUGUGCUCUUACCUCUCAUUUUUCAAGCAAAAUGAGUUCCACGUACACCUAAGCGAUAACCUCUUCAUAAACUACGACACGUAUACAACUGCCGAAGAAUGGGCGUUAUACAAAAGCUUCCGUCUCUUGAGCGAUGAUCCCGCCGUCGCCGGACUCAACCAAAAUGAAAAUGAAUCAUAUACCAAAGAUCAAUUCGAUAGCGUCCAAAGACAGUGCGCUAGCAGGGGCGUGACUAUCAUCCCGGAAAUCGAAGCUCCUGCACACGCUUUAUCAAUCACAACCUGGAAGCCACAACUGGCAUUAGAUGGUGACCCAACCCUGAUCAAUAUUUCUCACCCUGAUGCCCUGCCGACGAUGAGAACAAUCUGGAAGACUUUCCUGCCUUGGUUCCAUUCUAAAACGGUUCACAUCGGAGCCGACGAGUAUAGUGCCGACCUUGUUGCAGAUUAUGACCGGCUAGUAAACAACCUUCAAUCUUUUAUCGAACAGGAAUCUGGAAAACAGGUUCGAAUCUGGGGCACAUUCACGCCUUCGAGUGGCUUCAAUGUCUCGAAGGAUGUGGUUAUCCAACAUUGGGCGUCAUAUGACGAUAAUCCCUAUUUCGAUUACAUCAAAAACGGAUGGAGCGUGAUAAACUCUGACUAUGCAUUCUAUGUGGUCACAAAAUGGUCGGGCUACUUCCCUCAGCGCAUGAACAAGACUUUGAUAUUCAAUGGCAACCCGAUGGGCGGUGCCUAUGCGCCUCACAUAUUUGACAUCACGAAUGCGACAAACAACCCUUCAAGGAAGGACCCAAGUGUCGUUGGGCAUGUUGCAGCCCAAUGGAGCGACUUCGGGCCCAUCCCAUCAACAUAUCUAGAAGCCUAUUACGGUUGGAGAAAUGAGCUUCCUGCAAUGGCGGACAAGCAGUGGGGAGGGCAGCUAAUCGAGAGUGAGUAUAAUGACGUGCUGGAAUGUCUGAUUGCAAAGGUGCCUGGUCAGAAUUUAGAUCGCCGGGCGAAGUCUAAGACCAACCUAAUAUUCAGCUACCAGUUUUCCGAAUCUAGAAGCCACGCAAACCAGAUCAAGGAUAGCUCUGGCAACGGCUACACUGCCAUCUCCCAUGGCUGCUCUAUCCAUAGCAAUGCUCUUCAUCUUGAUGGUUACUGCUACCUGGAGACGCCGCUAUUUAGCAAAGGCCGCAAUUACUCCCUUUCAUUUUGGAUCAAUCCCUCUUCAAGUUCCGGUGUUAUCUUCUCUGGCCCAGACUCAGCCUUAUUGAAUGGCGAAGGGUCAAAUCCCAAUGUCACGCUAGUGACUGGCAAUAACUCCUACACUCUCAACUACAGCCUCCCCGUCAACACCUGGACACAGGUAGCACUUUCAGGAUUGGGUGAUUUCACAUACUUGACGGUUUUGGAGCAGAACUCGGCUUUUGCUAAACAAAUGGAAUUCCUGACAAUCUUUCAUCCAAAUGCUGUUUCAUCAGCACGAGGAGUCAUGGACGUGUGGGAUAAGAUUGCCAUUGAAGCACCAUUAAAAGAGAUAGGGAGAGGCAUUCGAGGCAUGAUCAAGAACAUCACUCUCCUGGCUUAA